UAACGUUUUGAAAGAGCCAAAUGACGUUAGCAAAACAACAAUGGGCAUGGAAAGAUAGAAUUGAAAAGUAAACAAAAAUAUAAACAACAGCGCAAAGAAGAAAACAGAAUAAUUAUUAUACAAAGCAAACACAAAGAAUACGUUCAUUGGCAAAUGUGAAGUGUGGAAGUGGACGGGUCGGAUGGAAUUGUCAAGAAUCACUACGGAAGUCGAGCAAGUGGAUAAGUGAAAAAAUAAUUUGACAAUUUGUGGUGCUGAGAAACAAAUUUAUACAAAUGUGUACAUAAAACUUCAAAAUAAAUUGCAAAGGUGUUUAAUAGACGACCAUAGAUCUCGGAUAUUAAGGAAAAUGAGAUUUUAAGAUUCUGCACCUCCUGCUUUACGUGGAUGGACCAUAGUUAAAACCCUAGGCACGCUUACUACAUUGAAUCUGUAAAGAAUGUCGCGCGAUCGUUUAAACAAGGAGAGCGUGUUCAGAAGUGUAUUUAACCAAAGUUUGCACUCACCGCGAUCUGUGACACUCAACUACAUAGCCAGCACUAAAGAUUCACUUGAUUAUGUGCAACGCCUGGGAUUGAUGAGUCGCUUGCAUGUGCAUUCUGGUUGUGUAAAUACUGUGUGCUGGAAUAAUACAGGCGAGUUCUUGUUAUCGGGAAGUGACGAUCAGUGUGUAGCCAUAACGAACCCGCAUAAUCAAGAAGUGUUGCUGAAGUAUAAAACUGCACAUCGAGCGAAUAUUUUUAGUGCGCGAUUUAUGCCACGAACGGAUGGUCAUUCGAUUGUUUCUUGUUCCGGCGAUGGCAUUGUAUUGCAUACUGAGUUAUUGGCACCAUAUAUCCGCCGACAGAAAACAACUCCAAGUAACAAUAUCAACAGUGCAAUCACUUCCACUAGGAAUGUAGAUCCGAUGCUACCUAUCUAUGAGCAUAACGAGAAUGAGGCUAAAUUGAGCUUUUUUAAUUGCCAUAAAAGUGGUACAACAUACGAGGUAUUGACCAUACCUUCGGAACCGCGAUCGUUCAUGAGCUGUGGAGAGGACGGUACAGUACGACUAUUUGAUUUGCGGCAAACAUCGAGCUGUCAUAAGACUUGUUGUAAGGAUAACAUACUUAUAUUUAGUCCGUCGGCAGUGAAUGCCAUGGAUCUCUCGCCUAUCAGCAACUACUAUGUGGCUGUGGGUAGUUCCGAUGCAAUUGUGCGUGUCUAUGAUCGUCGUUAUUUGUCGGUGAUCGAUUUUAGCGACAGUUCCAUACCCACUACUGAGAGGCAUACGCGGCCAAUUAAAGCCUACCCUAUUCCGAUGACUACGAAUCGACAAUAUCGCAUCACUUGCGUUAAAUAUAGCCCGGAAGAGUCUGAACUGCUUGUGAGCUACUCUUCGGAGUAUUUGUAUCUGUUUGACCUACGUCGAGAUGGCGUUGACGUAAGCACGCUAUACGAGAAGGGUUGCGCGACCGAUGCGAGUAGUUCAUCACCUCCGCCUGCAUUAACAGCCGAACAAGUGACGAGGAGAUUGCGUUUGCGUGGCGAUUGGUCCGACACUGGACCGGAUGCGCGGCCGGAAAACUAUCCACGGGGGCGUGUCGAGAUAGGACAGGUGCGCCCACAGUUACAAGCAAACAUUAUGAGUCGCAUGACAGAAGUUAUCUCUCGCAUGCUAAAUGAUCCACGAACGCGCAUGGGCUUAUCAGGCCAAGCCCAAGAGCUGAACCGUGAGAAUCAAGCAUCACUUUUAGCUGCAGUGGCGAGAGAGACAGCGGAAGACUCAACCCCGUCAACAUCUGGUGCCUAUUGGCGAAGAGUUGCCAGUCGUUUGCACACCUCACGCACGAUAACCGUCAACGCUCCACAAUCUGAUGUUAUUCCGACUCAAACUGUGAGUGCAUCUAAUGUAGCCGCUGACAGCAAUAUGGCGGUAGAUGAAAAUACUACUGGAGCACCCUCAGAAUCGACGGGAACGCUUACUGCUGAUACUGCUGAUACUGCUAACGAUAGCAGUGAAAGCCCACAAAGUAUUCAGUUUCGUGACGAUGAAGCCGAUACUCUGAAUGAAGAGCUUGCAGAACUAGAUAUGCAAGCUAAGGAAGUUGUUUUCGACUAUCUGCGUAUGAAAUAUAUUGGGCAUAGAAAUGCGCGCACGAUGAUCAAGGAGGCUAACUUUUGGGGUCACAAUUAUGUGAUGUCGGGGUCCGAUUGUGGGCACAUUUUCACAUGGGACCGUCGUACUGGAAAACUUGUAAUGCUAAUGCAAGGUGAUCAACAUGUCGUAAACUGUUUACAACCCCAUCCUGAGCUACCUUAUUUAGCCAGCUCAGGGAUUGACUAUGAUGUUAAAAUAUGGGCGCCCAUUUUGGAGCAUGCCAACUUUGACGAAGAGGUGGCUGAAGAUCUCAUGAAACGCAAUGCAAUAAUGCUUGAGCAAACUAAGGAUACCAUCACUGUACCAGCGGCGUUCAUGAUUCGACUACUGGCAUGCAUUCACUCGUUGCGGAACCGUGAACGUAUUCUUAAUCCCGAAGAGAGCAAUAAUACCCCCCAGCAACCUGGGAACGCAGGCAAUGAGCCAGAUAUUUCGAUGUCGAAUGAAGCUGGUGGUGUAGACUUAGAGGCUACGAAUACAAAUGAUAUUGAAGAAAGGAAUAGUUCUGAAUAACAAAAAUAAAAAGCAAAUAGGUAAAUGAAUGUAUUAACAUAUGCACACGCGUGUCGAUUAUAUAUUAGCGGAAGUCCGAAUUGAUUUCAUGAUUUACAAUAUUCAUUGUGUGAUUUUUACAUGGAUAAAAACUUAGACUUUCAUAUUUAAAUUACAAACAAAAUAAAAAAGGCAGUUAAUCUCAUCUAAUUAAAU